CCCACAAACUCUCAUGAUCAGAAUUUAUUAAGACGCCGUAGACGAUUGUGAACAAUUUUGUUUGUAUUUGUUUUUGUAAAUGUGUUUGUGUCUAAAAACAUUUUUUAUUUUGUCAUGUUUUAAGAAGCUGUGUUUUGGAGUGAUGGAGUUCAUUUGUGUGACUCUGAUGAUUAUUAUUGGAAUCACAGAUUCAACAGCAGAUCAGUUCGCUGUUGUUGGACCUGCAGCUCCUCUACUCGCUAUAGCCGGUGAAGAUGUGAUUCUGCCCUGUUCUCUCAAACCCAACAUCAGUGCUGUAAACAUGAGAGUCGAAUGGUUUAGACUUGAUCUUAAAGACUCAGUAGUUCAUCUCUAUGAAGAUCAUGAAGACAAAAACACAAAACAGCUUCAGUCGUACAGAGGAAGAACUGAAGUGUUUAAAGAUGAACUACAGAAAGGAAACACAUCACUUAAACUAUCAACAGUUCAGAUCUCUGAUGAAGGAGCUUACAAGUGUUUUAUUGAGUAUAAAUCCAGGAGUGAUGACAUCACUGUUGAUCUCAGAGUUGAAGCUGUAGGAAGUCCUCCACUCAUCACUAUAGAUGGAUUUGAUGGUUCUGGUGGACUUCAUCUUCAGUGUGAAUCUAAAGGUUGGAACCCUGAACCUGAACUUGUGUGGCUGGACAGUGAAGGAGUCAUUUUGACAUCUGAAAAUACAGCACAGAGAGAGACCGAUGGAUUCAGAGUGAAACACAUGAUCACUGUAUAUAACAGAGACAGUAAAUAUCACUGUAGAGUCAUACUGGGACAUCACAUGAUGGAGACUGAGAUUAUAACAUCAAGUAAAAUGUUGAACUCUUUGAGGUCAUCAGUGAUCUUGAUUUCUGUUGGAUCUGUGCUCAGUGUGAUCGCUGGAUUACUGAUCGCUGUGUUCAUCUAUAGAUACAGAGAACAACAAAGAAAGGAUCAGAGACUAAAGAGUGAAGAUCAGAGACUAAAAAAUGAACGUCACACAUUUUCACUAAGAGAGAAGGAGACUGUUGAAAGUGUGAAAUCACUGUUAAGAAAAUAUGCAGUGAAUGUGACUCUGGAUCAUGAUUCAGCUCAUCCAUAUCUCUUUGUGUCUGAUGAUGGGAAACAAGUGAGAUGUGAACUACAAUCAGGAACAGUGAAGGAUGAAGACCAAAAGUCAAAUAACAAGUUUAAUAACCGUGCAUGUGUUCUUGGAAAUAAAGGAUUCACCUCAGGGUGUUUUUACUAUGAGGUGGAGGUGGAGGGGUUAAGUGAGUGGUUUGUGGGUGUGGCCAGAGAAUCUGUUGAGAGGAAGGGGUUCAUCAAUCUGAAUCCUGAGAGUGGAUUCUGGAUGUCUGGUUUGAGAGUAGGAAAGUAUCAGGCUAGUCAGGGUUCUUCAUCUGUCUCUCUUUCCUUGAGUUUGGCGCCUCAGAGAGUCGGGGUGUUUGUGGAUUAUGAGGAGGGUCGAGUCUCUUUUUAUGAUGUGGAGUCUAUGUGUCAUAUCUACUCUUUUACUGAUCAAUCUUUUAAUGAGAAACUAUAUCCUGUCUUUUGGUGUAUUGACUCGGCACCACUCAUCAUCUGUGAUCUCUAAUGAGAUUUGAUCUAAAUAUAAAAAUCCUCUAAAGUUUAUUUUGUAACUUGAAAUGGUAUUAUACACAGGGAUGUGUGUGUCAUUUUCAGAAACAUGUCAUGAUGAAUGAUGAUGGUAGAUUUUUUUGUCCCCUAAGUGAAAUUAGUUUUGUGCAUUAUGUGAUGCUGAGCUGUAUAACAAAUCAAACACGUGAAUAACAUUCACACAGUCGUGUCAUUCAUCAGUUUCAUGCCCAUAAAACAAAAGAGGUUUUAUCUUUAACAUAUGUGAUCUUGUCUGUGAAAACUCAGCUAAAGUCAUUCAAUUGAUGUCUAAAAAAUUGCAGUUGAAAGAUUUGUUGGCUGUUGUGAUGAGAAUUACUUUUCAGAUUAUUGUUAAUAAAAAUGAGGAGGUCACAGACCCCAGAUCAGUGGGGAUAGGAGCUCUGUUGGUCACAAUCAUGACAUUAAUCAGGUUGCUUCAAUAUUUGGGGGUCCACAUUGACAGUGAGCUUCAGUGGCAUAAACAUGUGUCAAGUGUUUGUAUACAAGAGUUCAUGAGUUUCUACACUUUUAAUUAUGAUUAUUUAUAGAGAGCAGUAAUGUUAUGAAUAUAUUUUAUAAAACUACAAUAGAGUAUAUUUUGUGAUCAGAAAUUAUUGUCUGGUUUGGAAGUCAAAUGUUUAAAAUGAAAACGCAAAUAAAUAAUCUGCUGAGAGUGUCAGGGAAAAUCAUUGAAAAACAAAAGCUUAGUUUCUUAUAAGAUAUUUUUGAGCAGUUCAUCAUACAGCAGGUUAAUAAAAUCUUAUUAAACUCUUUACGUGUGUUCAACUCUGAGUGAUGUGUAAGAGAUUUUAGGGUCCUGUUAUGUAGACAUAAACAAUAUAAAUAUUAAUUCAUUUCCAGUGUUGGGCAAGUUACUGAAAAUUAGUAAUUAGUUACAGUUACUAGUUACUUCUUUUAAAAGUAAUUGAGUUACUCUACCAGUUACUGUAUAUCAAAAGUAAUUAGUUACUAGGGAAAGUAACUUUUAAGUUACUUUUAUGUCUGCUUUUUAAAUGUAAAUAUGAACAUUACUGAACAGUCAAACAAUAAAAUGAUAUGGAUGGGUUAUUUUACACGUAAGACUCUAAUAAAUCACAUACUGUGGGAGCCUAUUUUGCUUUA